AUGGCUCAACCAGCUUGGCAACCACAUGGCCUCGUUUUGGAAUGGGGAAUGGAGUCGCUUUACCGCACUGCCCAGGUGACUCUCGACCCAGACGGAAAUCUCGUCGCCCCCAAGGCUCAUUUGACACCGCCAGAGUCUGGGAGCCAGAAAGCCUGUGACUUGGUGAUCCAGCACCUGACCGCACAGGGCGCGUGGCAGGUUGCCUGUUUCGCAAAGACAAAGAGCGCAGACAACACGGCGGACACCCUGGUCCGGGCACUCGAGUCCCAAGCCCUCGGGUACUGCACCGACUUUCUCUCCGCAAACCCACCAGUCGACGUCACCUAUGCUUGCACCAUGUUUGGGGCAAGUAUUUGUUGUUGGAUGCAUAAAAGAGGGGACGAUAGCAUGGUUGGCUAUUGGAAUGGGCAGCUUCAGGGAAGCUUUGACUAUUACCUAGACAUUGGUCUAGAUGAGAAUCGGGGGCGAAUCCUGGCUGCUUUUAACAGCAUGAAAGCUAUCCAUACUACUUAG